AUGUCUGCCAAUACUACUUGGUUCACGCCCGAGUACUCCAGUGAACUGUUGAGACUGGUGGAAGACAUCUAUGAAGAUGAUAUAAAACCACACUACGCAGUCCUAAAAUUGGAAGAUCUAGACGAUCUUAUGGACCAUACAAGGUAUCUGUAUGAAUCGUUUUCGGAUGAGAUGAAGAACAGAAAUAAGCAAGAUGCAUUGACUGCUUAUAUUAUUGGUUGCUACUUUUUGUAUUUGAUAAUUCCACAAUCAACCCAAUUUCAGGCAAGAAAUAAGACUUUCCAGGUUCACAAUGCAUUGAAAAAACUUUACGAAAAUCAAGUUAACAUGACAAACGUGUUGCUCAUGGUCAAGGACGAAGUAGAUUCUGUCCUUGAUAGAGAUUUUAGAAAAUUGAAAGACGUGGAAAGGAAAAGGGCAUUCUCAUCACCCGAUAAUGGAUUGGAUUCGGAGAUUUCUCGUUUAACGUUAGCUGGAAAUGGAUCCACUUUGCCGAAAAUGCAUAAGAAAUGGGACUUUAUUCGGAGUGAUAGUAACUUCCAUUCUCAUGAUACAGGGAACGUACCACUUUGGAAGGCCCCCAAUUUAGAACCCAAUGAUCAAUUGAAACUAGCAUUAGAUUCUGCCGUCCCGUCCUCAUUAUCUGUGGACACCGUGGGUAAGGAGGCACCAGAAUUGUCUCUUUCACCUUUAGGAUACCCUAAGCAUAAGUCGAAGUCGGAGUUGACCGUUGAAGAAAAAGAACAUCCACAGCAGGACCACCGUCAUCAUCACGGCGUGCAGCAAGAAACACAUCAGCUAGGAAAAGAUGAUGAUGAGCAACAUUUUUGGGAUGCUAAAGUAGAUAGAGCCGUGGCCCAUAGGAAGGAUUCGUAUCAUAGUGUUUACAUGGAUGAUGGUGACCAUGAUUUUGGUGAAAACAAAGGGGCCACUUUCCCUGAGAGUGAAGUCCAAGCUAUGAAAAGAUUACAGAAGCAGAGUAUUAUUACUUCACCGGAAUUAUUCUCCAUCCUAUCAAACAAGAAGGAACGUAACAGAUUGUUGCUGAUCGAUUUGAGAUUGCAAUCAAGGUAUAAAUUCAACUAUAUUUUAGCUCCUAAUAUGGUUUUCAUAGAUCCCAGGAUGUUAUGGGACGUUAACACUAAGACUCCAGUAACUGAUAUUUCAGUGUUGGACGAAAGAUUAAAGAAUUCGAUUUUCAAUAAGAGAGGUUCGUUUGAUUUUAUCGUUUACUAUACCGAUAUGAAAACUUAUAUGGAGAUGGAUUUUGAUUACCUGUUUGUGUUUUACAACUUAGUGGUGGCAUCUCAAGAAGUAUCUCUCAGAUCUUUACCAUCUUAUCUGUUAGGUGGAUAUGAAAAGUGGAAAGCAGUAUUGAAGAAAUAUCUAACUCAAUUUGGGAUAAGAGUUGAUGACUAUUUGUACAGACCUUAUUCUAGUAAUAAGGAGGGUAAGGAAAAAUCUGCUAAUGCUAAACAUAUUGAGCCAGUCCCGUGGAAGCCACCAGCUUUGCCUGAGAGAAUGAGAAACUUGCCUCCACCACCACCUCCAGCGACCUUACCCAUUACCAAAGAAAUGCCACCGCCUGUUCCUCCCAAGAUUCAAUUAGAACAACAGGAAGAUAAAAACCAUACUAGGCCUAGAAGUCGUACUGUAAGUUCACCCGCAGAAGUGCCAAAAAAUGUAGUUGCGCCUGAACAGCUAAGUCAGUUGGAUUCUUAUCCAAUGCGUCAAAGACAAUUCAGUGUACCUACUAUUGAACGUAGCAAUAACAAAUAUGUGGCACUUUCCAUUACUGGUCUUCGUAACUUGGGGGCUACCUGUUACAUUAAUAGUAUGUUACAAUGUCUGUUUGCUACCAAUAUGUUUCGAGACCUUUUUGAACCAUCCAAUUAUGAAAGAUUUUUCAAUCCUGAAUUAGAAGAUACUGGGAAAUUAUCAAAAUCGUUUAGCGUCUUAAUCCGUAAAAUGUACAUGAAUGGUGGUUGUUCCGUGGUACCUACAAGUUUUCUCAAGAUCUGUAAUUUUUUGAGACCCGAUUUUAACAUACCGGAUGAUCAGCAAGAUGCUCAAGAGUUUUUGAUGCUAACAAUUGAUCGUCUUCAUGAUGAAUUAUCAAAUCAAACUGAAGUAUUGAAUGCACAUCCUGAGUUACUUCUUUACGAUGCUGAGACUUCGAAAGUACAAAAGGAAGAAUAUAAACAGUGGUUUGAGAAUAGUUUGAUCAACACUAAGUUUUCCCCGAUUGAUAAAAUUUUCCAAGGUCAAUUAGAGAAUGGAUUACAUUGUAAAAAAUGUGGUUAUUCAUCAUAUUCCUAUUCCACUUUUUACAUUCUUUCAUUAGCAAUCCCUAAACCUUCGUCCAGUUUUCUAUCUUCCAGUAAAGGUAAUUGGGUAAAUUUAGAGGAUUGUAUUAAUAUGUUUACUAGUGAUGAAGUGAUGUCACGAGAAAAUGCAUGGGAUUGUCCCAAAUGUGGUGUAACUGUCCAAAAGGAAAAAUCAGAAUCUAAUCAGCGUCAUAAUAAACAAAGCAGUUCUUCUGGCUCAACAGCUUCUCCAGAGCCAAGGAAAGCUAAAAAGAAGGAUGAAGAAGGAAGUAGUUUAAAGAGUAAGACCAAAUUUUUGCUAUUUCCUAGAAAGCGUAAAUCAUCCAGUUCAAAGUCCCUUUCUCCAUUUAAUCUAUUAAACUCAAGCUCUAGUAGUAGCAACACGAAUAAUAAUAGCAGUAGUAAUAGCGGAUCAAAAAAGAAUUCUUUUUCCAUUAGAGCUACGAAUUUUGUUACAUUACCACCGGUAUUAGUGAUUCAUCUAUCAAGAUUUUAUUACGAUUUGACAAAGAAAAAUGAAACCGUAAUCACAUAUCCAUUAAUUUUGAACAUUGUAUUGAAAAAUAAUGAAACUCUCAAAUAUAGACUUUAUGCUGUGGUAAAUCAUAAUGGUAAUUUGAUAAGUGGACAUUAUACUUCAUUGGUAAACAAGAAUCGUGAUCAUGAUUUAGAAAAUAAUCGUCAACAAUGGUACUAUUUUGAUGAUGAAGUGGUUAAACAUGAAACUAGCCAUGGUAAUUUAUCUCAAGGUGUUAACAAAGUCUCUAGUAAGGAUGUCUACGUUUUGUUUUACGAAAGAAUUGAUUAG